AUGAUUGAGAUCGUUGGCCUCAACCUCAAGGGCCGCGCCCAAGAGUGGUGGGUCAGCAAGAUCAAGGCCGACCCCGACCGCGUCGGCGCCAUCUUCCAGAGCUGGGAGACGUUCAAGCUCCGCCUGAAGGCCUUGUACGGCAACAUCGACCCUGGCACCAAGGCCUUGUCCGAGCUGAUGGCCCUUCGCCAGAGUGCCAUGCCAAAGCGCUCAGCCUCGGAGUAUGUCGAACGCUUCACGGCCCUUCUGCUCCGCUCCAACCUCGACAAUGACGAGAUGGCCGUCACGUUGUUCAAGACUGGCCUGGAGCCUGAGUUCCUCGAGCCGUUCGAGCGCAGCCCUCCCCAGACUCUCCCGGACUGGUGCCACAAGGUCGAGCGUCUCGAUCGCGAGCGGGAGGACAACCGCCUACUGCGUGGUCGUUUCGACAAGAAAGGCACCGAGCGCCCUAGCCGCGCAGAAGUCUCUCGCACGCGCCCCGCCGCCGGCAACGCCACCUCCACUUGCCAGGCCAAUCCGCGGGUUGACAAGAAGCUGGCGGAGGCCCGCGCGCUCCGCAACCAGCGCCGCGCCGCUGGACUGUGCCUUGGCUGCGGCGAAGCCGGCCAUUUCCUCGCCGACUGCACCAAGAAGGAGAGCAGCAAGAUGGUGGCCCUCCUGACGGUGCUGGAGGACCUCGAGGCGUCCAGCGACGAGGGAGACGCCGAGGACGCGGAGCCCUCCUCCUUCUCCGAGUCGGACCAGGGAAACAAGUCGCAGGACAAGCACUGA